UAACAUAGACAGUUGUCUUUGUUCAAACAUAGAAGCAUCAUUUAUUCUUCUUUUGAUCAUCUCCUUGUUCUAAUUGUUGCUCAUCUGUUUGAUCUUUAAAGAUGAACAACCUGUACUUUUACGUCGGGGUCGUAGGAAAUAUCAUUUCUGUUUUGAUGUUUCUCUCCCCAGCGAAAACUUUCUUGAGAAUAUAUAAGAAAGGAUCAACAGAAGAGUUUGAGAGUCUUCCUUAUAUUUGCACUUUGUUGAAUUCGAGUUUAUGGACAUACUAUGGAAUUACAAAACCAGAUAGUUACCUGGUGGCAACUGUCAAUGGUUUUGGAGUUGUUGUAGAGAUUGUUUAUAUCUCCAUGUUCCUCAUUUAUGCCCCUCCAAGAACAAGGGCGAAAACUGCUAAGAUUGCUGGAAUAGUCGAUGUGGUGGUGUUUGCAAUGACAGUUUUUGUGACACAGUUUGCUAUGGAAGGAGAAGUGAGGAUUAAUGUGAUAGGUUUCAUGGGUGCUGCCCUUAAUAUAGUUAUGUAUGCUUCCCCUCUUUCUGCCAUGAAAUUAGUGUGGACGACUAAAAGCGUGGAGUACAUGCCAUUUCUUCUUAGCCUCUUCCUAUUUCUUAAUGGUGGAGUUUGGACUUUGUACGCUUUUCUUGUGCAAGACUGGUUCCUCGGGGUACCAAACGGGACCGGAUUUGUCCUUGGGUUUGCACAACUUGCACUCUAUUCAAUAUAUAGCAAAUCUAGUCCAUCUAAAGUUAUUUCCGAUGACUUAGACUCUGGAUGGCAGCACCGUCACCUUCUUCCACCGUCCACUUCAGACGACACACAACAAGUAUGAUGAUUACACACAUAUAUGACUUUCGCAUCAAACAUCCGUAAAACCAUAAACUUGAAAUUUAUUUACGUAUUGUGCUUGCCAUUUUGGGAAUUAGGCUUUGAAUUUUGUUCUUGACAUUCACAAAUAAUUUUGUGGGCUUUUUUGUGAUUUAUAAAACCUUUUUUGUUACAAUUACGGUGUAAAUAAGGUUAAAUAUUAGAAACGUGACGCUUGUAAUGAAAGUUCUAUAUUGGAUGUACUUAUGUGAAUCAGAUUUUGUAAGUAAACACUCGUGUUCAAA